AUGAAAAAGCAUUCAGCCAGAGUCGCUCCUCUCACCGCCUGUAAUAGUCCGGUGCUGACUCUCACCAAGGUGGAAGUCUCUUCGAAAUGGGCAAAUACUGAGCUUGCUCUGGCUAUUCUAUUUGCCAUCUCGCUGUCAAUGCAGACAUUCCCGAAGAUUGUGCUUCUGAAAAUGGUGAAGUUAUCGACAUCCUUCAAGGUUGGGUCAUUGAUAGUUAUAAUAGGAGAUGAGCACCCGGCAGAGGCAAGCGGGGUUGGGGGCAGGGGAGGAGCCUCCCGGACAGACGCAGAGACACGAGGCGAGGCCGGAGGAGGAGGAGGCGGAGCAAGGCGUUUGGGACGGAGAGCGGGUCCAGUUUGCUGCCACCCGUGCCACUGCUCCGUUGAGCAGCUGAAGAAAGCCCUGUGGGGGUCAGCGGUGGUCCUCAGUGUCUGUUCGUCCUGGGCGGGUACCAGCCAGCUGGCCAAGACCACCUUCAGGACCUUCGACGCUCCCUUUGCCAUAACGUGGUUUGCCACCGCCUGGAACAUCCUCUUCUUCCCGUUGUACUACACCGGCUAUGCCUGGAGUUCGGAGGAGAAGCAGUCACCACUACAACGGUUCCGGGAAUGCUGCAGGCUUUUUGGGGAUGAUGGUUUGACCAUCAAAAUAUUCUUCAGCAGGCUGGCCCCGUUCUGUGUCCUAUGGACUUUGACCAAUUACCUGUAUUUGCUGGCCCUGAAGAAGAUUAGUGCAACAGAUGCCUCCGCUCUGUUCUGCUGCAACAAGGCUUUUGUCUUCCUGCUUUCCUGGAUUGUUCUACGGGACAAAUUUAUGGGUGUUAGGAUAGUGGCUGCCAUCUUUGCAAUUGCUGGGAUCGUGAUGAUAACCUACGCUGAUGGUUUCCACAGUCACUCAGUUAUCGGGAUCACACUGGUUGUAGCCUCUGCAUCCAUGUCAGCCCUUUACAAGGUCUUGUUUAAGAUGCUCCUGGGCAGCGCCAAGUAUGGUGAAGCAGCCUUAUUUUUAUCAGUGCUGGGACUCUUUAACAUCACGUUCAUCACAUGUGUUCCGGUGGCCCUAUACUUCACUGGCAUUGAGCACUGGACCCCGUUCAGCCUUGUUCCCUGGGAGAAACUCUGUGGGCUGGCCAUCCUCUUGCUGUCCUUUAACAUCCUGAUGAAUUUUGGGAUUGCCGUCACCUCCCCGACUCUGAUUUCGGUGGGAGUGGUCCUCAGUGUUCCUGUAAAUGCCGUUGCUGAUGCGUAUUCCAGCGACAUCGUGUUUAAUGGCGUGCGAGUGAUCGCCAUCCUGAUCAUCUGCCUGGGCUUCCUGCUGCUGCUGCUGCCAGAGGAAUGGGAUCGCCUGGCCAUGGAGUUCAUCUCCCGUUUCAAGGUCAGCAAGAAGGAGGAGGCCAUCGAGGAGCGGGGGGAGCCGGGCUUCGCAGGACAAAGCCGCAACAAGGGCUCGCGAACCUCCACGGCGACUUUUGCACACUCAUUCUAG